AUGUCCUUCCUAAAUAGCCGCUCAACAACGCCAACUAUCCAGAUAUCCCGCAGCACUUCUGAAGAACCCAAACCACCGACAACUGACCUUCUGACAUUCCGACACGAGAAGAGCAACGUCUUUGUGAAGGUGCCCCCCAAUUACGAGAACGCAGUAGACACUGCCACUACAGAGUUUGACGAACUACGAAACGUCCCCCGAGACCGGGUAGGGUUUUGUGCCGUCUACCGGGAAAAAGGGCAAGAACCCCGGACGAUCAGAAUCUCGGCUGCUGCAUGGCCAGCAUUCGUGUCGGACCUCCCAAGAGGCGCAGUGAUCCGUGUCAUCCUCCGUCCCGACCCCGACACGAAGACACCGCCACCCAAAUAUCUGGAAAAUUCUGACCAGAACUGGCUGAGCAGAGGGUUAGCAAACAGAAGGGAAGCUAAGGAAAGUCGAAAGUCGAAAUCUCCACCUCCUUCCCGAGGCUCGAAGCAACCAUCCGGGACUUCGACGCCCGGGACAGUGAGGAGGAGGAACAUGGCUGGAUUCGUUUUCUGGCCAGCAAAGUGA